AGGAUAGAGUAAUACUAGUGGUUUUGUGGUGUUCAUCACCUAUCACACGCAGCUGCUCAGGUGCAUGAACGUAUCAUGAGUUUCGCAGAGGGGUAUGAGACGAAGGGUUAUAUUGAUAUCAAUCGGUCGAGUGUCUGCUUUAAAUUCGGUAGUCAAACUUUGUUCUUGCAUUGUUGCUCUGAUGUUAGUCCGGGAUCUUGAUCUGUUGUGGGCGUGCGUUUUAUACACUGUAUUUGCUAUGCGUAUCGUAUGUAGUAGGCUGUAUUGUGUAGCGACAAACGAGGGAAGACUGAAGCAAUUACAUUGUACGAGUAGCGGUGUAUGAGCUGGAGGACCAUAAAGUAGCAUGCGUAGUAACCUGAGGC